GUCAGAAGCAGAAGAGGGAAACAGAAAAGAUGUCUCGACCAAAAAAGCAAAAGAUAAUAGAAGCUAGAGUAAGCUCCGAGGAGGAAGAAGGAGAAGACACAUUAUGUUUAUUCUGUAACGACCAAUAUUCAACAUCAACUGAAGUGUAAAAAGUGGGCUCAUUACUCUUGUGCGGGAAUAGAUAGUGACGACGACGAGUCAGAACUGAUUUGUGACAUUUGUAAACCCGAGUACCCCAUCGUGCCCCGCCGACGGGGCAGAAUGGAGUAAAAGACACUUUUUGUUUAAG